AUGAGUAAGCACCAUAUUGAGUGGAACAAAUGCAUUGACGUGUGCAGUGACGGAGCAGCAGCUAUGAUCGGUAAAAUAAAAGGCACUGUAACAAGAAUCAAGAGUGUUGCACCUAAAUGUAGUAGCAGUCACUGCGUUUUACAUCGUCAUGCUCUUGUCGCGAUGAAAAUAUCAUACGAGCUUAAGACAGUUCUCGAUCAAGCUGUACAAAUUGUGAAUUACGUCAAAUCACGUCCACUCCAGUCAAGGCUUUUUAAAAAUGUGUGCGAAGAUAUAGGAAGUCAGCAUCAAUCACUUUUUCUUCACACACAAGUGAGAUGCCUCUCAAGAGGAAGAGUUUUAUUAAGGCUAUUUGAAUUGCGCAAUGAGCUUAAGAUAUUCUUCACCAAACAACCCGGUUCUGCAUCUCCUAACGCGUUUGUUGAUUUAUUGCAUGAUGAGGUAUGGUUAAUAAAAUUGGCUUACUUGGCCGAUAUAUUCAAUAAACUUAACGUAAUCUGUAAAGCCUUACAGGGAAAAACCACGAAUAUAUUUACAGUAAAUGACAAAAUUUUUUCACUUGAAAACAAAAUUGACUUCUGGAUUGAAUGUGUUGAUCAACAUAAUUACGAAUGUUUUACUAUUUUAAAUGACUUUCUGAAAGAAAAUGAGUCGCAAGUAACUUCAGAUGUGGAAAAAAAUAUACAUGAGCAUUUAAUAAGCCUAAAAAAAUCCUUGAAAGAGUAUUUUCCGGAGAAGUUACAGGACAUGAACUGGUUGCAGAAUCCAUUCGCAAAUCAUACCAAACCAUCAAUGCUUACUGUGUCAGAGUAUGAGAAUUUAAUUGAUAUUUAA